UAUUCUUAGCGCCACGUGUCAUUCAUUGCGAGAAACACGUAGACCUUAUAAUCUUUUUCAUGUACAGAUGGCAAUGUCACACACAGAUGGAAGAGGAAGACGAAGAAGCAAACCCACAACUACCAAAAUGCAAGAAACAAGAGAGAUGAAGGAGAAGGAGAAGGGAGAAGUUGAUUCUGGCAGUGCUCUCCAACUCUAUCUUGAUCGCAUCCCCAUCAAUUCUAUUCCAGGCAUCACAAAUUCUGCUGUUUUGGAGUUGAAAACUGGAGAUACUGUGAGAGAUGCGAUCCAGUUGUUGUAUGAGAAAGAUGUGUUGGGUGCACCCAUUGUGGAUGUUGUGAGCCCUGAUACCCAAAUUGGUAGAUCUUCAGAUAACUACAUUGGCUUCAUUGAUUUGGCUGGUAUGGUUCUUUGGUCUAUUGAGCAAUUUGAAAAGGCUGAUAAUGUCCAAACUAAAGGCUGUGAUAGCAAAAGUGGGAUAUUCACCAUGCUUGAGGAGAAUCCUCAAAUUGGGCAGACAAAGAUUGGAGGUUUGGCAAAGGCACAUCUUUGGGAUCCAUUCUUUCCUGUAAACUUAGAUAGCACACUGUUUCAUGUUCUGCUGCUUUUCUCGAAACAUCAAAUCAAAGUUGUGCCUGUCGUCGAGCAAUCGAACUCGCAAGUCAUUGGUUUUGUGACACAGAAUGCUGUGAUCCAUCUUUUGCUUCAAUCAAAUGGGCUAGAGUGGUUUGAUAGCAUUGCAGACAAGGCUUUGUCUGAGUUUAGGUUUGAGACUGAAAAGCAAGUUACUCAUGCAUAUGGAGACCAGAGUUUGGCUGAAGCUCUUCAUCUUCUGCUGAAAAGCCAAGUUGGGUUCAUCCCCGUCCUAGAUCGAGCGAGUAAGAGACUCAUCGGCAGCAUAAGGAGCUGUGAUAUUUAUCUUCUGCUGGAGAAUGACAACAUAUUUGAUGAUAGAAAAAGUCUAACCGCAGAGGAAUUCAUUCACAUGGAGACUGAUAAAUCUAAAUCUGAUUCUACCAUAGAACCAGACGUUGGGGCUCUUCUCUCAGCAGGGAUUCUUCGUCUUCGAAACAAUUUCCUCCCAGAGAUGGACUCUCCAGUCACCAGCAAGAGAAGUGACACUCUCAAGCAACUCAUGACUAAAAUGGCAGAUAGAAAGAGCAGUUUCAGCUUCCUAGUCAAUGAUCUCCAGCAAGUGACCGGAGUGGUCUCGUCAAGAGAUGUAAUUGUUCAGUUUGCUCCACCGUGUAUUGAUUCAAGCUUCCAUGGUGGUGGUUUCUUUGAUUGUGCUCUGGAACAGACCGGCUGCCAUGUCCAAAAUGGAACCAUGAUUUCUGAUCGCUGACUCUUUUGUUGCUCAUUUCUCAAGGUUUUAGCCACAAAGACCCUCCUAUCUUUCUCAUAAUGUGAUUGUCAAAGUUCUACUCACAUUACUCUCUAUCAGAAGUGUAUUAGAAUACAUAAAGAGGACCAUGUGUAUCAAAAAUAUAUUUUCUUCAAGG